AUGGAGGAGUUAGUAAUGGGUACUGAGGCAGUGCAGCUCUCGGUCGAGAAUGAUGAACUAGAGCAGGGGCAGGGUACGGACAUGAGGCAGGGGAGUCCGAAUGUCGUAGGCGAAUCGGAGGAGGUGCAGAGAGAGGAACGUGAGAAUAGGGUGGUGUAUCAGAGGCGGGAGGCAAGAACAAAGAAGAAGUAUGAUCAGGGGCGGGAAGCACGCGAGGGGGAAGAGGCGAAUCAGAGGGUGGAACAGAAGCGGAUGAGACUCGAGGACCAGGAGCGAGAGGUGAGUUCGAUGGAGGGGGACAGGGAGAGGGAGGAAGAAAAUGUGAGGGAGAAAGAGAGGAAGGUCGAGCGCGAAAAGGAGGACUUGCGGCAAAGGGAAGAAGACGAGAGGAAGAGCGAGGAGGCGAGGAAGAUGGAGCGCGAAAAGGAGGAAAAGCGGCAGAAGGAGGAGGAAGAGCGGAAGAGGGAGGAGAAAAAGGCUGAGCGCGAACAGGAGGAAAAGCGGCAGAGGGUGGAGGAAGAGCGGAAGAGGGAGGAGGAGAAAAAGGCUGAGCGCGAACGGGAGGAAACGCGGCAGAGGGAGGUGGAAGAGCGGAAGAGGGAGGAGGAGAAAAAGGCUGAGCGCGAACGGGAGGAAACGCGGCAGAGGGAGGUGGAAGAGCGGAAGAGGGAGGAGAAAAAGGCUGAGCGCGAACGGGAGGAAACGCGGCAGAGGGAGGUGGAAGAGCGGAAGAGGGAGGAGGAGAAAAAGGCUGAGCGCGAACGGGAGGAAACGGGGCAGAGGGAGGUGGAAGAGCGGAAGAGGGAGGAGAAAAAGGCUGAGCGCGAACAGGAGGAAAAGCGGCAGAGGGAGGAGGAAGAGCGGAAGAGGGAGAAAAAGGCUGAGCGCGAACAGGAGGAAAAGCGGCAGAGGGAGGAGGAAGAGCGGAAGAGGGAGGAGGAGAAAAGGGCUGAGCGCGAACUGGAGGAAAAGCGGCAGAGGGAGGUGGAAGAGCGGAAGAGGGAGGAGGAGAAAAAGGCUGAGCGCGAACGGGAGGAAAAGCGGCAGAGGGAGGAGGAAGAGCGGAAGAGGGAGGAGGAGAAAAAGGCUGAGCGCGAACGGGAGGAAACGGGGCAGAGGGAGGUGGAAGAGCGGAAGAGGGCGGAAGAGAAGGCUGAGCGCGAAAAGGAGGAGAAACGGCAGGAGGAUGAGCGGAAGAGGGAGGAAGAGACUAAGCUGGAGCGUGAAAAGGAGGAGAAACGGCAGAGGGAGGAUGAAGAACGGAAGAGGGAGGAGAAGGCAGAGCGCGAACAGGAGGAGAAGCGGAAGAGGGAGGAGGAAGAGCGGAACAGGGAGGAGAAGGCUGAGCGCGAAGAGGAGAAACGGCAGAGGGAGGAUGAGCGGAAGAGGGAGGAGAAGGCUGAGCGCGAACAGGAGGAGAAGCGGCAGAGGGAGGAGGAAGAGCGGAACAGGGAGAAGGCUGAGCGCGAAAAGGAUGAGAAACGGCAGGAGGAUGAGCGGAAGAGGGAGGAUGAGCGGGAGAGGGAGAAAGCGACGAAGAUGGAGCGCGAAAAGGAGAUGAAGCGGCAGAGGGAGGAUGAAGAACGGAAGAGGGAAAAGACGGCAGAGCGCGAACAGGAUGAGAAGCGGCAGAGGGAGGAGGAAGAGCGGAAGAGGGAGGAGAAGGCUGAGCGCGAAAAGGAGGAGAAACGGCAGAGGGAGGACGAGCGGAAGAGGGAGGAUGAGCGGAAGAGGGAGGAAGCGACGAAGGUGGAGCGCGAAAACGAGGAGAAGCGGCAGAGGGAGGAUGAAGAGCGGAAGAGGGAGGAGGCUGAGCGCGAACAGGAGAAGCGGCAGAGGGAGGAGGAAGAGCGGAAGAGGGAGGAGAAAAAGACAGAGCGCGAACAGGAGGAGAAGCGGCAGAGGGAGGUGGAAGAGCGGAAGAGGGAGGAGGAAAGAAAGGCUGAGCGCAAAAAGGAGAAGCGUCGAAGGGAGGAGGCGCAGAAGAGGGAGGAGAAGCAGCAGGCUGAGCGCGAACAGGAGGACAAGAGGCAGAGAGAGGAAGAGCAGAACAGGGAGGAGGAGAAAAGGGCAGAGCGCGAACAGGAGGAAAAGCGGCGGAGAGAGGACACGUGA